AUGCUGGAGCCUGUUCCAGAUGACUGUCUGAUUGCUCAAGUCUGCUUCACAAGGAUUGACAGCAUCAUGAAAGGCGAGGUGACAAACACUUCCUUUGACUUUAGAGAGCAUAAUCAUCAUUUCACUCUAGCACUGCAACUGUUCAAUAACAUUACCAUAGACAACCUAUGGGUCUGGAUUCAUUACAAUGAAACCAAAGUACCAUCUAGAUCAAUAAAUUUGACCAAAAUAUGCCAGGGCCUUGGCCUACCAAGAGCCUUCAUGAGGUCCUACUUGAACAGCAAAAAGUAUCCAUCAUACAUCCUUCCUAAUACUCUGAGGCUGAAAAUUGUUAUCAGCACAUAUGUUAGCAUAUCAUGUGCUAUAGAUUUUGUGAGAACCUGA